CCCAAGACGGGCGCAAGCGGAAAGCCGGAGGAGAGUUAUCGAAGUGCGACCAAUAUAAAGAGAAUUGUAACGAUUGCUCACUCAUAAGCGUGUCAGUUCGCAUCGAAAAAUGGAAGAAAAAGCUAAAAUACUUUUUCUCUGCCUUCUGGUCGUUUUGUUGAGCGAUUUUUCUACCGGAUUUUUUCGCGUAAGCCUAGCUCCUCGUCGAUGUUUCCGAACUUUUGCUCGCAGACGUCGUUGUUUUAAGCCAUAUAUACCAAUGUUAUCGACCACUCAGAAACCAAAGACAUUACAGCCAACUACUGAAGCUACAACGCCUCCUGUGGUAUUUUUAUAUCCUGUAAAAUCUCACUCUUCAGGAUUGCCUUACUGUAAGUCCAGAGAUGUAAACGAAAUUCUCAGACCAGCUGGAAGUCGAACGAAACGUGCGGUAAGUAAGGUAUUUGUAUAUGUAUGUAUGGGGAUUGAAAUUAAGUCUAGAUUCUACGUCCUUUGUAAAAAAUAAAGACCUUUGUUCUUUGUCGUCUGCGAAAUCAAACCCCCACUGGCCGCAGGUAUAGGCUGGCAUAUAUUAUUUGUAUUUUACUUCAGCCGUUUGCGAGACAUGACUGUACCUAUGAUAACUGAACAAAGUACGGUAAUACAAUGUAUGCAUGUAAGACUCACAGUUGCUGCAGAGAGGACCAAAUUUAGUUCGCAGACUUUUACGUGCAUGAGUAUACUAUAUAUAAUAUAGACCCUAGCGGAAAUUCGGUUGGGAACCGAACAACUCCAAAUGCAUGAAAGGAAAUAUUGCGCACUAGAAACAAAUUUUGCCAGUGGCAACGGGUAUAGUUUCAAAUAUAUAUUAUCAACAAGGUCAAUUGCACACGUAAAAACAUUGUCAACAAAAUGCACAAAUUUGCACAUUUUGAAAUAUAUUCCAUAAAAUUGAGGGCCUGCCACGCAGGCUAAUAUAUUGCAAAAUAAUGGCCGUUAUGAAUGCGACACCCUGUUUGAACAAUUUAAAUCUUGAAAUUUGAAUCGCUUGUAAUAAUAAGAUAAACUUUAUUUCGUUAGAAGUGCGCACGUAGAUCUAAUCUUAUUUGCAUUCCAUCCGACGACAUGAAGUUUGAAUUCUAUUUAUAAGAUCUGAAUAUUAAUCAAUCAAAAUUGGACGAGAAAUUAUGCAAUAUUAUAUGUAUGAAUAAUAUACUGUAAGAAUAAUAUUCAUACACGAGCAAAUUUAUGGUCAAGUGAAUGCAUGGAACACAUGCGAAAUAAAUAAUUAUAGUUUGCAAGUUUUCGACUAUCUGAACCGGACUUUUUGUAUUUAUUGUAUAAAUGGAUCCAGGUCUGCAAUCACGCGGGCAUAUUACCUCACGCUAAGAAAUCUGCGAGUUUGCGUGGCAACAACAAUGCUGCUCAUUUAUCGACAGCAGAUGAACCACUGUCUGAAUUCAUCGUAAAAUGGCCUUUCUGACUAUCAUAUGAUUCUAGCCGCUAUACAUACUUUUAUAUAUUUCAGGUCUCGUGGCCAUACGAAUGCAGACAUGCAAGUAUAUUGCAUUUCUCAGGCGACUAUCAGUUUAUCUGGCCGAUAUACGACUGCUGUUCAAAAUGUAGCUUCCCAGAGUUCACCUUGUGCGUGGCCAAAAGUAGAAGUAAAAAUUCUCCAGAGUGGAUGUGUCCUAGCGAGGGAUUGCAAUGCAUUGUGGGUUGUGUAAACAAACAUAAGCCCGGUGGCACAAUCGGUAUUUUACCAAACGUUGUCAAACCGGGUAUAAAACCCGGUACUAGCGGGAUAAUUACUCCAAACGUUGUCAAACCAGGUAUAAAACCAGCUCCGGGAAAACCGGUCUUGAGCAAUUGUGAGAAACUGGAAACGGAAAAUGGGAAACAAUGUAUUCGAAAACUAUGCGUAGCACUAGGCCAGGCUUUCAAGCCGUGAUUGAAAGAAAUGUAAUGUUUUUGUACUCUCAGGAAUUAAUGGAGUUUAAAAAAGUUUAAAAAGUUUAAAAAAGUUAGAUUUUCAAAAAAGUUAAAAAAGUUAGAUUAGGGUUAGGGGUUAGGGUUAGUGCCGCGAAUUUAUCAUUAUGAUAAAUUCAAAAUGUGCCGCGAAUUUAUCAUAAUGAUAAAUUCGGACGUGUUUAAGAAUUUACUCAUAUAGUAUAAAUUCAAAGGUGGAGUUCAUGCUGGAUUUUUUAAACCGUUGUGAAAAUAGUUUGAAAAGUUAUAAAACUACAGAUGUGGACUUCAGAAUUAAUAAAAAGAAACUUUAACUUAGAAGCACUAAAGUUUUAUCCUGGCUAUACCAAACAACGAACAAUUUCAGAAAUGUUGUUCACUAUCCGAUGGAUAUAUAGAGGAUAUUACACGGCGGCGCGAAGAUCCGUGAGUGUGGAAAACAAUAUUUUACGAACGAGCCCAGCGAGUGAGUAAAAUAUUGUUUUUAACACGAGAAGAUAAAAGUCAUAUCUUCAAGCCACCGUGUAAUGUUUUGUUUAUUAUAUAGUCCCAAGUAAAAAAUUGUGAAAUUUCACGCUCAAAGCAAAUUGGAAAGUCACGGGAUCGAUAUCUUCACUAGUGAAGAUAUGGAAAAUAUCUCGCUGUGUAUUUUUUCAGUAUCUCACUCGCUACUAUAUAAUAAAGUGUGUUAUCCAGUUUUCGUACAACCGGCCUCAGAGAAUGUCAAACGUAUGCGACUAGUCGUAUGGUCUAAAUGAUAUAAUCACCUCAACAAUAGAUCAUUAGCUGAAUUCAUAUUUAUAGGAGACGGAUUUCCGUCUAAGACGGGAAACUCCUGUGAUGGAUUAUACCGUCUGGUACGAAUGUGAAAGGAAAACCAUCGCACGGAUAAACACGAAAAAAUAGGAGACCCUCCAUCCCAGUCUCUUUCCAACGUUACGAGCAGAAACCCGUCUUGAUUUAUUCGUCUGAUAUAAAUUUAAGACAAGUUUCCCGUCUAAGUCGAGACUGGACUCGUCUAACUUUCCCGUCGUUCAGACGAGAAAGUUGAGCGGAAAGCGGUUGAGAUGGAAAACCCGUCGUUAACCGAAUUUAUAUCUGGACCGACUGGACGAGUUUCUCGUCUUAGACGAGUUUCCAAUCUCAGACGAGUUUCUAAUCUCAGACGGAAAUUCGUCUUCUAAUAUGAAUUCAGCUGUUUUCACGGAUCACGUGACAAAUUCUGGAAAGGCAGUGGAAACUUUGAGUUGGCUUAAUUUAAACUUACUUGUCUAAUGCAGUUUGCCUUGUACCAGUCGCUAUACACGCUGGACACAUAUACUCUGCAAUGCAAGAAUGUAUAUGUAAUCCGUGAUUGAGAAAUGGAUAAUAUUGAUUUGAAGAUAUUGAUGUAAAAUACAGAUUAAUAGUAAAUAGGAAUGAAAUAAAAAAU